CUUCACUUGUGAUAUACGACUCUAGCUUCUACCAUUGAAACUUCAGUCAGUCAUUCUGGAUGGAUGGCCUCCAUUCAGUCUUCCAUCGUCCUGGUGCUCCAUGAAGCGGACACGGGAUCGACCCUAUCAAGUGCACUGUUGGGAAAGCCGGGCUUUCCUGUAACAGAUCUAGGGUACAUCAGAACGCACAUCUUAUGGUAUUGGUAUCCCUCUCAUUGGGACCACUCAAAUGAACAAGAUCUUAUGACCUUCACUUGGCAGAAGUCUCAAGUUACCACUGUGCCUACUCAUGCUGCUGUAACUCCUACUGCUGCUGCUCCAAUUGAUGCUACUGCCAUCGUUACCCCCAUUGCUCCUGCUAUUGCGCCCAUUGCUGCCACUGUUGCGCCCAUCACUGCUGCUGUUGCAUUGAAUGCAACUAUGCUUCAACACCCCCAAAGGCAAUGGCAACUGCCUCUGAGGUUCCGCAAUAAUAGCGCAGUUCGUACUGGCACUAGUCGCAUGCCAGAUGAUGGAGAAUACAUUGACAUUGGCAAUGUCUCCGGGGACAAAGAAGAUAACUUGCCUGCACCCAGCGUUAGGGCUCCUCCAGUUCCCAGCCCUCUGCAGACAGUUACAAGUACCAUCUACUCCACCCAAGUCGAUCCCUUGGCUACAGGUGUCCGAGGAACGCAGCCUAAAAGCACUGCUGAUAUUAAUCACUUCUUUAGGGAAGAUUCAGCUACUAAACACAAGAUUUGCCGAAUUUGCGAGGAUUUGCAGAAGGUGGACAGUUCACACCAGGUUAUGUCGUAUAAGCACUCAACUGGCACUUCUGCCCAUCGUACUCAUGAUUUCUAUCACCACACUGACAUUUUCCUGCAAGAGGCGGAGCGCCUACACUGGCCUAUCUACAUACAGCCACUCAAUGAGCGACUUGCUGAAGGGUGGACUUUGGCAGCUAUCCAUGAAAGCUCCAGGACCCUGCGUAUCACAUUGAGUCGCUCGGUACCAUCCCUAAUCAGGGACAUGGCAAUUUUCCGCCUGGAACCACCUUAUCUCCGGACAAUUAUAUCCCAGAUUUCAGCAUUGAUGAGAUGCACUGUCAGUUGGUGA